GAGAGAGAGAGAGUGUGUGUGUACGUACCCCUCCAGCUCCUGGUGAACUGAGGAGGUGUUAUGCCAUCCAGCGCUGAAGUUGUCUCUCUUGGAUCGGGAGGAGGAGGGCCAGCGGCGGAGGGGGCCGUUGGUGGAGACGAGCGGCUCAGUUUCAGAAUAAUGUCUUCCAAGCAAGCCACCUCUCCGUUUGCCUCCGUCACCGAUGGGGAGGAAGCCAUGAGUCAGGACCACCUGUCCUGGGAUAAGGAGGAGAGUGCCGAGGCCCAUGGGACACCCCAGCUGCCCCUGCACAGCCUGCUCCACAGCAAGGGCUCCAUGGACGGACUGCAGCCCCUCAGCAGUGUCCCUCCAGAGAGUGACUGGGACAGCAUGGUGUCAGCCCAGCAGCGCAUGGAAUCUGACAGCAAUAAAGUAUGUUCCCUGUACUCCUUCCGGAAUAACUCAACCUCCCCACACAAGCCUGAGGAGGGGGCCCGGGAGCGCGGCGACCUGCUGAGCGGAUCUGCGUUCGGAACGCCGGAGCGCCGCAAAGGAAGCCUGGCCGACGUGGUGGACACACUGAAGCAGAAGAAGCUGGAGGAGAUGACGAAGACAGAGCAAGAUGAAUCCACUUGCAUGGAAACACUUCUGUCAAAAGACUGGAAAGAGAAGAUGGAAAGGCUCAACACUAGUGAGAUUCUGGGAGAAGUAAAAGGUACUCCAGAGAGCCUGGCAGAGAAGGAGCACCAGCUGAGCACCAUGAUCACUCAGCUGAUCAGUCUGAGAGAGCAGCUCCUGGCCGCCCACGAUGAGCAGAAGAAGCUGGCCGCCUCACAGAUGGAGAAACAGAGGCAGCAAAUGGAGCUGGCUCGCCAGCAGCAGGAACAGAUUGCCAGACAACAGCAGCAGCUUCUGCAGCAGCAGCACAAAAUCAAUAUCCUCCAGCAGCAGAUUCAGGUCCAGGGUCACAUGCCUCCGCUCAUGAUCCCCAUUUUUCCACACGACCAACGCACCCUGGCAGCAGCCGCUGCAGCCCAGCAGGGCUUUCUCUUCCCACCGGGAAUCUCUUACAAGCCAGGUGAUAACUACCCGGUGCAGUUCAUUCCAUCCACAAUGGCAGCUGCGGCAGCGUCGACUCAGCCCCUCCAGCUUCAGCAACUGUAUGCCGCCCAGCUUGCCAGCAUGCAGGUCUCUCCUGGAGCCAAGAUGCCGCCACUCCCCCAGCCUCCCAACAACAGCGGACCCAUCUCCCCCUCCGGCCUGAAGAACGACAAGAGAUCCUCCAGCCCUAUCACUCAAAUCAAGGAGGAGGGAACGCAGCCUCUCAACCUGUCUGCCCGGCCCAAGACGGCUGAGCCAGUCAAGUCCCCCACGUCCCCCACACACAGCCUGUUCACGGGAAGCAAGACCAGCCCCAACAGCCUGUCCAAGAGCGGCAUCCCCAGUCCCCUCGGAGGCAUGGGCCGUGGGUCUUCUCUGGACAUCCUGUCCAGCCUGAACUCCACAGCGCUGUUCGGGGACCAGGAUGCGGUGAUGAAGGCCAUCCAGGAGGCCAGGAAGAUGAGAGAACAGAUCCAGAGAGAGCAGCUGCAGCACCACCAGCAGGGCAUGGAGGCCAAGCUCUCUGCCCUCACAGGCAUGGGCCUCAACAACUGCAGCAGGGCUGACAAGGAGCGGGCACACUUUGAGAGCCUUGGUCACCACCUUAGCAAGCUGGGCGAGGAUGGCAAAAUUGGCCACAGAGUCAUCGACCUCACCAGGCCAGAGGAUCUGGAUGGGUGGAAAGCUCUGAAUGGCUCUGGUACCGGAGCAGAUAAACCACAACAGUAUUAUUGUUGGCCUACAGGAGGCGCCAGCACAGCCGAGGCGCGGGUCUACAGGGAAGCCCGGGGGAGGAACAGCAACGAGCCCCACAUCAAGAGACCCAUGAACGCCUUCAUGGUGUGGGCCAAAGAUGAGCGCCGCAAGAUCCUCCAAGCCUUCCCAGACAUGCACAACUCCAACAUCAGCAAGAUCCUGGGCUCUCGCUGGAAGUCUAUGACCAACCAGGAGAAGCAGCCGUUCUAUGAGGAGCAGGCCCGUCUCAGUAAGAUCCACCUGGAGAAGUACCCCAACUACAAGUACAAGCCCCGGCCCAAGAGGACCUGCAUCAUCGACGGGAAGAAGCUCCGCAUCGGCGAGUACAAGCAGAUGAUGCGCUCACGACGGCAAGAGAUGAGGCAGUUCUUCACUGUGGGGCAACAACCGCAGAUCCCCAUCAGCACCAGCGCCGGCGUGGUCUACCCUGGGGCCAUAACCAUGGCAACGACCACACCCUCCCCUCAUAUGACGUCGGAGUGCUCCAGCGCCUCAGCGAGCCCGGAGCCGGCCAUUCCCGUCAUCCAGAGCACCUACAACAUGAAGAUAGAGCCCGUUGCCAUGUUAACCAACGACCCCAUCAUCAACGGAGUGGUAGAUGAGAUGGACAUGUACGAGGACUUUGACGAGGAGCCCAAAUCGGACUACAGCAGUGAGACUGAGACACUGGAGCCCAUCGUCAGCGCCAACUGAGGCCUCUCAACACCUGAGCCAAGACAUACACACAUUCAUACUGGAGAACCAUCCCCAGGGUGGAAGACUGACUGAAGGAGGAGAAACCGAAUAACAAAAAAAUACAGAACAAAAAAAUAAUUGUUCUGAUGAUGUAUCAUUUAGGAGCCUGCAUGCAUAUGUGGCUCCGUCAGAAUCAACAGCUAUCGGUCUUAAAUGUUUCUUACAGUGUGUGAAGCAGUUUGGUUUAGUUCAUUUUGGAUUUCCUAUUUUAUUAUCUCAUCGUUUAUUUUUUGUGUUUUGUUCAUGGACAUUUACACACUUAGGGUAUUGCCUAUACAACUUUGGAUGACAGGACUUGAAAUGUAACGUUUGAAAUGAAUCCAUAAUUCUUACAGUCUUACUUUUUUUCUUAUGAUAUACAUUUUUUUUUUCUCUUCAGUUAAAUGCUUUUAAUAGAUUUCAUUACUGUUUUUGAUGGGAGUUAUAUAUUCUCACUCAGGUAUGCUGUGUCAGCCAACAGCUUGUGAAUGUUUUAAAUCUGAAUUUAUUUGAAACUAUUAAGAGAACAAAAUAUUUGGAAAUUCAUAUUAACUAAAAACAAACAAACAGAACAAUUCCACAAUUCUGGGACAUAAUCAGACUCCCUUAUUAUUAAUUGUAUUAGUAUAAUUAUUAUUGUUAUUAUUAACAUACUGUACAAUGUUGUGCAGAUGUGCCAAACAUUUCAACGUUCUUUUCUCUUAAAUAAUUAGUUUGAGUCUCGAGGGAGAGACUUGAGUCUUAGACAAUCUCUUAAUAUCUUAGUGCGGCUUCAAAAUCCAGUUUCUUUAUAUACCUUCUAUAUUGAAACACUCAGGAAUCUGGAGACAGUGGACUGUGUCUAGGCCAGGAACAGGAAGUGAUGCAAUAGCUUCAGGUGUGGUUGUGCAUAAUGGCAGCUGUUCUCCAUGGAGACCAAUGCGGUGACCAACAGGCCCUUCUCCUCUCCCUGUCCCUCUCCAGCUCAUGUCACCAGGCCAGUCUAACACAGAGCACUGUAACACUCCCCUCACACUCUCUGCUCACUCUCCAACUCAGUCUUACCAACUUCUUAAUCAGAGUGAUUGUAAUCAGGCCAGAAUUCCAAGGGGCCAAAGGCAUCCAAUCUGUGGGAUUGGAAAGGCAGCGAAAGGCAGCUUUGGGGGCAUUACAAUCACAAAUUGCUGUUUUACAAUGUGUAGCUACAGUACAUUCGGUUAAACACUUUAGCCCCUACUGGGGCGGCAAGUUUUAAAGUCUUUGGUCUUAAAACUCUUUUUAUUUUUUAUCUUAAGUCUUUUUUCGACAUUGUAAAUCUUAAAUUGACACGAGAAGGUCUUAAAGCAGAGUUAACUACUGCAGCAGUCUUAAGAGAAGAGGCAGUGUGUGAGGGAAUAACGUCAUGUUUUUAUUUAAAGGAGGGUUACAGACAAAGUAUUACAUUCUAACAAAUCAUAUUAAACACAACAGUAUUUCAUUCAUAAGCCACACCAGAGCUGUGAUGGUGAUUCUCUACAUUGAUGCACUUACAUAUUAACACUUACUACUUCAUCUAAGUGAAUACUUUACAUUGAACAACAUUUGUGUUGUUUUAUAAUGGCCAGAGCAAUUGAACAUGCACUUCUGUAUUGUAUUUACAUACAGACAAUGAAUAUGAAACGUAACACAAUCAAUCAGCGCUUAAUCUUGUGACAAUCCGUCACAAACUGAAAGACCUUUACCUCUUGAACAGUCCUUUUAUCAGCUGAACAGAUCCCAGGUUGAUACCUUAUGGAGAAACAGCUAGAGAUGGCCAGCAGUCAAGGCCUUACUGUCCACAAUAUAGCCCUCCUACAGGCCAGAAGGACUAAGUGCCUCCCUCUCCGCCCUGCCCCUGCCCUGUCUCGACCCCGACCCCUGCCCAUGGCAACCCCCACACCCAGGGGGUGCCAUCUGGCUCAGAGUGGCAGGCAGCGCUAGGCUGGGGAGUGGAGAGAGGGGGAACAAUAAGGACGGGCACGUAGCGCUUAUUGUGCUCUCCAUCAAAGUGCAGGCAGUGAGGCCUCCACCCCGGCUCCCGCCCUGGCCCAGCCACUAGGCGCUGGCGAGCAGAUGGAACAAGUACAUCAAGCUGUGGGGGAUUAUUAAAAUGACUGACGAGUGGGUAUCAUCUCAAAUGCAGCAUUAUUAAUGCAUGAGCCUGGCUAUUCUCCUCCCGUGCCCUUGAACCUGUCUUUUUCAGACCAAGCCCAGAGGUUUAAAAGGAUCUAAAUGGCUGGUCACCAGCGCUGGCUGUCUGCAUGGCCAGGACUCCCUCCUACUGCUGGUCACUGCAUUACUCUCCCAGGUCUAAUUGAUACAGAUGGCUCUUUAGUACUUUUAAUUUUUCUUGACCUAUUCAGAGCUGGCUUUUAUUGUGUUGUGUCCACGUUUGAAAGCAUUUAUCUUAAGUCUUAGAAGUUUUUAAGCACCUCAUUAUUCAUUUCCAUUUCAGUUUCUUUCUCUCUUUUUUGGUUGUUUGGUUUCUUUGUUGCUAUUGUUGUUUUAAGGUACAAUGCUUUUUUCUAGGAUUUCCUCCCAUACACAAACCUAAACGGAUUUCCCUCCAGGUCAACAUAUCUAGGAUUUUUAAGCUGUUACUUCUGUUUGCUGGUUGAUUGGUUGAUUUGUACGUGAUUUGUACAUAUUUUUAUGACCAUGCCAAACCAAUUCAGUGGGUUGGUAGUUAAAAAAGGCCUGUUGAUAGGACUGAAACUUGACUGCGCUUGUAUAACAAAAAAUAACAAAAAAUAACUUAUAUCUCGCAAGGAGACAAUGUUUCAUAAGUGUUAUAAGCACUGGAUAUAAAUUGUAUUUUUAUCAAUUCUGACUAAUGUGAAGCUGUUGUACCAGAAAAAAACCUGAAUGAACAAAAGUCACGACGAGUUGGACUUGUGGGCUCGUUCUCACAGUUACCAGAUUUGAAUAAUUUUUCAGUCUACUUGUUUUGUUUAUUUAUGCAAAGACAUGUGUAGUGAAUUAACACUUUGUCUAAGCUCCAGGGCCACCAAGGGGAGAGAGACAGCGCACGAGAGAGAGACUGAGCAGUAAAUUCGACAGAAGGCUUACAUAGUAACUGGUUAGCUGAGAAACACCAGAUUUCAGAAACCCAUUUUAUUGGUCACAUAUGUUUUGUGUUGUAUAUUGUAUUUGAAGCGAUAUAGUGAGUAUAGACAUUUUAUUGUAUUUAUUAGCCACUGUUGGCUCUAAAAUUGUCAGUAGAACAUAAUGAAAGGACAAUCAGAGAGAAAGAAAAAAAACAGAUGUUUAAUGAAUUGGAGCUUCAUUUUUCAAUAAAUUCACCAUGUCAUUAUAGAUUUUAUUGUAAAUACAACAUAGGAAAUAUAAUUAUAUUUUUGUUCAUAAGUGCUUAGUGAAGUAUAAGUUAUGUAUUUGACUGUUAUUUUUUUUCUUCCUUUUUUACAUCAGUGUAUGUUGAUCCAUGUUCAUAAAACUGACAAGUCACUGUACCUCAUGUAGAUGCUGAAUAUUUCUCCCGGUUGAAGAGAGCAGUAUUGGACGAAACUAUAGCUGAGAUAGACAGACAGGCCCCUUCUUGCUAGCGUUUCAAUGACCUCCCUCAGACAAUUCAAGGAGCCAAUCAAAACCCAAGCUGUACUCCUUAGGCUUAUACAUUAAGGACAAACGUUUUUUAAUAAAUCACUUCAUUUUUAUUUAAUAACAUGCACAGUCGGUACAAAUAAGGUACUCUGUAUCUUUCAUAGGGACAUUGCUAAAAUUCAUCUGAACAACAAGCAGUUAAGAUGUAUAUGUUUUUAUUAUACAAUGUGUGUUUGCAAUCAUGACUCAAUCCUAGCGACAUACGUCAUCACUUCACAGCCCUCAGUGGUUAUACUGUUAAUGUGCCAAAUUUGAACGGAGGGCUUGAUAGUAGCAUAAAUUAAUAGCUACAUUGUAAUGGCACAUCUGCAUGCAUUUGUUACAUUCAAAAUUAGAAUGAACCAAGAGGAUUUUUAUUAAUUGACAAUUUUACACAAGUGAGGUUCUUGGGGAGCUGAAAUUGGAGGGAGUGUGCAAAUAUUUAUUAGUUUUAAUGUGGCACAAUGCAGAGCCACUAGUGUGUAUUCUAGCCUAGACCCUUUUUGUCCUUCUCUAUGUGUUGCUGAUCUUUUUUAAAGGUAGCCCAUCCAGCCAUCAGCAAAGUGUAGUCAUGACUUUUUCUAUUCAUCCAUCUGUCUCUCAGCCAUGUAAAUGCCAACAAGAUUCAACAACUGAAGACAAAGCUUGUAUGCUGUUUUAAUAACUUAACUGUAAUUAUUCUUUCUGUCAUUGAACUUUGUGAUGUAUAUGGUGGGAAUGUUCUCUGUGUUAAUUUAAUUAGCACAAUUCACUGACAUGCUGGACUGACAUGCUAGUUGCUGUUCAGGAGUGUAAAAUGUGCUAUUGGGGACAACUUAUACAGUUGUCAAUGGUACUUUGCUUUCUAGAUUUCUUUUUUGUCUCUCAAGCAACACUGUGUGUGGCUCUUCUGUCGCUGGGGCCGUUGCUGUUUUGAAACCCCUGGCAGCCUGAUACAGUUUUCUGCGUAGAAAUCAAUUUCUUGGCAGGUACUUAGGCCCAUGGCAGGUAUUGUUUGGGCGUAACUAGAGAAAAUGAAAUAGUGUCUGUUGCUGCUUUGAAAAAAAGUUUUAAUUCUGAAAAUGUAAAUAGUUUAUCAUAAUAUCUUGUACAGUCCAGUGUAAAGUUUUUAAUUGAACUUAAAAAAAGGUUGCCAUCACAUUUGUGUUCACAUUCUUCUUUAUACAGUACAAAAGGACAGCUACUUGCUAAGGAUAUUAUUGUUAAAAGAAAAAAAAGGAAAAGGUACUAAAAUAUUUUAUUUUGCUUGGCUUCAAAAUGUAAACCAGCAAGUCUUUGGUUUCCAUGUGCAGUAUUGACGUGAGGUAAACUUAAGGUGAAAUAAUUCUACAGUGGUAUGUAUUGGAGACCAGUCUCCUCUGUGUUGGUAGUAUUAAUACACUAUAUCAAAUAAAAUACACCAGAUGACUGACACAUUUGGGUGUAUCUAGGCACCUUAGUAAUGUGUGCAAAUAUCUAGGUUGUGUUCCCCACAGGAUGCAUUCAGGCAUAUUGUAAUGUAACAUCAUCUUUCUAUAUGUACUCAAUCCAUUGAUGUAACAAGGCAGGAGUGGGUUGUAUAACUGCCUGUUUAAGCUCAUUUACCUCAAGAGUUUCCUCCUUUUGCGUAAAAGAGUAAGAAAUUGUGUGACAAAGUCUCACCAUCACUCCCAUCUUUUGUACUGCUGUUGACACUUACAAAUUAAAGAUACAUUUUGUUUUAAGA